AUGGGACUGAACCCGCCAUCGGCUAUCAAAGUGUCACGACACCUCAUCCCGGCAUGGCACUCAAUUCCCAAUACCUCGAUUCAGAACAAACCCCUGCUCAUCUACCACUGCGCAUUUGAAAAAAGCGUCUCAGCAUCCCAGAUCUCCAACAAUCUCAAGAAAGUAGACGUCGUUGUUCCACAGUGGCAAUAUUCCAUGUACAGGCAGACUCAUUUCCACUCAACGACUCACGAAGUCCUUAGUGUUGUCUCGGGCCGGGCCCGAUUAUGUUUCGGCGGAGAAGAUAAUCCCGAAAGAGUUGAGCCGGUAAUCGAAGCUGGAGAUGUGAUGAUCGUACCGGCUGGKGUAGCGCAUCGUCUGCUGGAGGAUCUCAGUGGCGGGUUCACCAUGGUUGGUGCAUAUCCCAAAGGGAAGAAUUGGGAUAUGUGUUAUGGUGCUGGAGAUGAGAACGAAAAUGAGAUCAGGAGCGCCAUCUCACAGCUGACCUGGUUCGACCAAGAUCCAAUAUAUGGUCGUGAUGGACCAGCCAGUCAGGCGUAG